GCUGUCCUUGCGGCGCAACCGCCUCACAGGCUGCGGCAUGGCUGCACUCUUCCGGGGCAUCUUGGAGAACGCCCGCACAGGCGGGCAGCUGGCGGAUGUGGAUGUGGCGUGGAACCCCAUGGCGUCCGACGGGCUUCAGGCGGCCAAAGUUAUCGCCAUGGUCUUCCAGGAAUCCGCCACUCUGUACCACUGCGACUUGAGCUACUGCCGUUUAAACUGCGGCGCCUGCGAAGUCUUGGGUGUGGGGCUCAGGGACAACCACUCCCUCUACGGCCUGCAUGUGGUCGGAGAAACUCGGCCACCAUGGACGCGGAUGGUUUCCUGACACCUAUGGCGACCGAGCGAAGCCAUCACGACGCAGGCGUUCUUUUCGGCGACCUUCAGCCUGGGCCGGAGGCGUUGUUGGGCUUCAACUCUGAGGAUCUCUCGGGAAGAGACGUGCUGGAGAUGAAGUCGGCCUGCUGGGCCUGCGAGGGAUGGCAGCGCCAAGAGAUUUCUUGGACAUACCAAGAUGAGGAUCGGCCCAAAGCGGUUUGGGCCUACACGUCCUUGGAUGCCUUCCGGCGGCCCUUGCGCUUGCACCCGGACCCAGGCCAGCAGCGCUUCCUUGCGGCGCGCAUGGUGCCACCAGGAUACAGGUUGAAGGUGAUCUUCCAGGUGGACUCCACACUGCAGCUUUUGCCGGGCGAGAGGGAGCGCAUGUCGCCGGAAGUCAUGCUGCGCAUCUGCCAGGAACUCCCAGAGCUGAGCCCAGACGCGGAACAGAUCGCUCGCACCGACGCCUCCCCGCGCAGCGGGCGCACCGUCUUCAUCGCAUCGCUGCCGGAGGUAAGCGUUCUGGCGAGGACAGAAUCCAGCCCCAGCAGCAAGAAUGCGCGUGGUGUGGUGAGUGACGGCCCCGAGGGCUCGGUACUGCUGCCGCGGGUCACUGAGACCGAGUUCAAGUCCCAAGUGAAGCGGAGUCCGCCCUUCUGGCAAGGCUUCAAGCGCGAGACCUUCGCCAUGCACAGGGAAGCCCUGCGGGUGGACUGGCUGCGGUGCCGUUUGGGCCACGUGGCCGUCGCCUCGGAGUGUCAAACAGGUGGGCGGGGCGCGGUGAGAGAGCAAGUCGCCGAGGUGCCCGAGUCUGAAAUUGAUGACAUCAAGAAGGAGCGGGGCGAUCAAGAAAACGGUGGCAUGUGA